AUGCGAGACCUAACAGCUGAGGUAACGAGCAGUCUGCUGCAGUUUCCAGAGGUGACUCUUCAGGCACUUGGGGAAGAUGAGGGAACCCUCGGCUCUGUGCUGUGCGGGAGGUUUUCUGGAGGGAGAAACGGCCUGGCGUGGUUGGCACGUGGUCCUCACCUUGAGGUGGUGAACUGUGUGACAGGAGAGCGGCUCUCUGCGUACCGUUUCAGUGGAGUCAAUGAACAGCCUCCCACUGUUCGUGUGGUGAAGGAGUUUUCCUGGGAGAAGAGAACUGGACUGCUGGUUGGGUUGGAAGACGCAGAGGGAAGUGUUCUCUGUCUGUACGACCUUGGACUCUCAAGAGUGGUUAAAGCAGUUGUUCUUCCCGGGAGGGUAACCGCUAUAGAACCCAUAGCGAAUCACGGAGGACCCAGCGUGAGCACUCAGCACCUCCAUCAGAGUCUGCGAUGGCUCUUUGGGGUGGCAGCAGUGGCUACAGAUGCUGGCCAUCUGCUUCUGGUUGACCUUAGUUUGGAUGAUUGCUCCUGCACUCAGAAUGAUAUCGAAGCAUUGGAUCUAGAAGUUGUCACUAAAAAUCCUGCUGAAGUUGCACAAAGAAGAGAAACUGUGACCAGCGAAGGGAGACAUCUCUGUUUUCAACUACAAAAUGCUUCCGGAACAGCAGUAUCAGCCCUGUGCUACAUAAGCAGAAGCAACCAGCUCGUUGUGGGUUUCUCGGAUGGCUACCUGUCGCUCUGGAAUAUGAAAACUUUGAAGAGAGAGCACCACUCUCAGCUUGAAGGAGGGAGGAUUCCUGUCUAUGCUGUCACUUUUCAAGAGCCUGAGAAUGAUCCUCGCAAUUGUUGCUACUUGUGGGCUGUUCAGUCUACGCAGGAAAGUGAAGGUGAUGUGGUGAGUUUACACCUGCAGCAGUUAGCGUUUGGUGACAGAAAACGCGUGGCCUCAGGACAAGUCAUGUAUGAGGGUUUGGAAUACCGUGGCGAAAAGUUCAGUUUAGAUCUCACGGGUGGAGUCUUUCCCUUGAGAGGCCAGUUGAGUACUAAAUUAAUCAGCUGCCAGACUGUCGAAAAAUUCCGCAGCGACGUUGACGGAGAGGAUAGCGUAAAUGAAGUCACGUCUCCUGACACCAGUGUCUCAGUCUUCGGUUGGCAAGUGAAUACGUACGGUCAGGGAAAACCAUCUAUUUACCUGGGUGUAUUUGACAUUAAUCGCUGGUAUUCUGCUCAAAUGCCAGAUUCGCUAAGGCCGGAAGAAUUCCCUCAUGAGUGCCCCUAUUUUGCACUGUGGUCGCUGGAUACCGUAGUGAGCGUGACUUCUCCGAAGCUCCUUUUGGAUAUUCUGGUCCAUGAGCGGAGUCUAAGUCGGGGAGUUCCUCCUUCUUAUCCACCACCUGAGCGGUUUUUUCAUCCAGGCAACUAUAACUUUGAUGGUACGUGCUUGCUGACCUCCGGAGUCGUUCACAUGACUUGCACCGGCUUCCAGAAGGAGACCUUGAAUUUUUUGAAGAAAUCUGGCCCUUCAAUAUGGGAAGCCAUUCAGGAGAGCUACAAUAGGUGUCUUGUAGCUGGCUUGCUGUCUCCAAGACCAGUUGAUGUCCAGCCAUCCAGUUUGAGUCAGGAGGAGCAGCUGGAAGCAGUAUUGUCAGCUGCUGUCCAGACAGGUUCUGUGGGACUUCUGACUGGAUGCAUUAAACAUUGGAUAUCUGAAGAGCAGCCAAGGUCUGCUGGUAAUUUACGGUUUGUUCUUGAGUGGACAUGGAACCAAGUGAUCUCUACAAAGGAAGAAUUUGACCAAAUCUGUGUUCCGCUGUUUGAUGGCUCUUGCAACUUCAUUGACGCCCAGACAUUACGGUCUCUCCAGCGCUGCCAGUUGCUUUUGAGCAACCUUAGCACGGUCUUAAACUGUUUUCUCACAGAAGCACAAGAGCUUACUGAAAAAGGUUUUGCAGACGUGACAAAUAAGCAAGCGGUAACGGGCCUCAUUUCUUUGUAUGCACGAGUGGUCAUCUGGUUCUGUCGAUCCGGUCUCCUUCCAGAGGGUUUAGAUGACGAUACGCGUUUGUCGAGACCUUUCUACAAUUAUCCUCUGAUUGAGAGCUACUAUACUGGUCAGCGACAGAAACUUGAGCGUUUAUCAAGAGGAAAAUGGGACUCGGACUGCUUGAUGGUUGAUGGAAUGGUUUCCCAGUUAGGAGACCAAGUGGAGAAGCUGUGGCGGAGAGAUGCAGGAGGAACUGGGAAAUACCCGCCUGCCAGUUUGCAUGCACUGCUGGAUCUCUAUUUGCUAGAAAACAUUGAAGAAAACUGCAAACACGCAAUUACAAUUUACUUGCUGCUGGAUAUCAAGCGUUCCUUUCCGAGUGAGACAGAGACUUCAGUCGACUCCUUUGCAACUGCCUUUGGCAUGCCUUGGGGACUUGUUAAGCUUGUUGAAGGUUUUUGGCUUCUAGAUCACAAUGAUUACGAAAAUUCACUGGCCCUGCUCUUUCAUCCCGCUACAAUCAAAACGGCGUCAUGGCAGCACAAGAGAAUUAUUCAGUCCCUCCUGUGCCAAGGGGAGCAUGGGCAAGCCCUCAGAUACAUCCAGCUGAUGAGGCCACCCACGGCAAGCAGCGGGGAAGUGCAGCUUCUCCUCACUGUGUUGCUCUCCAAUAGGUGCAUGGUGGAGGCUUGGGGUCUGUUGCACCAACAUGCCGCUCAGGCAAACUUAGAAGACCUCUUAAAACACAUGUACGAAAUGUGCCGGGAGAUGGGCCUGAUGGAAGACUUGCUGAAGCUGCCUUUCACAGACACCAAUGAUCAUGAUCCUCGCUUGAGAGAGAGGGCAGUUGCCCGAAAUUCUGCAUUACCCCAAUAUGGCAAGAUCCUUCCACGAAUUCAAAGGAAGCUGGCCGUAGAGAGAGCCAAGCCUUACCAUUUGCCUGCGUCGGUCGUAAGAGAAGUCUCAAGACCAACGCCAUUAUCCACAGUAACAAACCCAGCUAAUGCAGGACAUUUGUGUACUAGAGAAAAUUUCCUCAGUGCUGUAUUGUGCAAAACUGGAGAAGUCUGGGAAGGAAAUGAGCAGGAAACCGGUUUCUCACGUGUUGAUAGACCUCGAGCUACAGGACCACCAGCCAUAACACAUCCUCUCCCUGGUGCAGAGUGGCGCGAUGCAUUUGUUGGGACGCCAGUUACGAAAUCUUCAUGGAAGCGUUCCAGGUUGCCUGAUUUGAUGGUCCAUCCCGUUCCUUCAUGUUCUGCAGCACAGUCACCAUGCAGAGCUUCCACUUCGUUCAUGCCAUCCAGCCCACCGAGAUCAAAUAUGCAUGGUUCCAUCUCACAAAAUAAUUUUUCAGGAGGCUCAGAGCUGAAUUUACUUACCACUCCUCCUGUGGUUAAGAGAGCUAAAGUUUUGGCCACAUCUGCUUCUGGUGUUCCUGGGUUUACUCCUCGGUCUAUUCUCAGAUCCAACCUUCGCACCACUCCCCUAGCUACUCCCUCCGCGUCUCCGGGACGAUCGGUCACUCCUCCUUUACGAGCAAAGAAACCUAGAGUAUCAUUCAGGGAGGAGAACUCGAACGCAGAAUGGACUGUUGGGAAGCUGUCGUGUGUAGCAGAGAGUACACUGUAUGUUUCUAACGUCACACCCAGCAGUGAUCUGAAAGGAAAAGCAGCAUUUCACUGUCCUUGGUUUCAUCUGGGUCAGUUUGAAGCCGGUCUCUUUGGUAAUGACUAUUGCAUGAACAGGCUUUUUUUUAACUUUCGGUGA